CAGACUAAAACAAUUUGCUAACUAGUAAUUAAAUAUCUGGCAAACACUGCAUUUGAACUAAAUCAGUGUUAUCUACAUCUAAUAAUAUCUAUAUCUAGCUAUGCAAUAAAACAAGUUGGAGAGUGUCUUCCUGACUCAUAGUGUUUGCAUUCAGUCUGAUUUUAAGUUCUAUUCUUUAAAUGGAUACAGAGAUCACCACUACAAGUUGAAUCCACGAUAUUUUGUCAUGCUAGACAAUUAGGAGUUUCCAUUAGAUAAUUACCAGAAGUAUGUCUCAUACAGGAAAAACAGUCAAUUGCUGAUGUAACAGGAUUAACCAAUCCAGCACACUGAUCCGGCCCACUUACUUUUGACAGACACUAUAUGUGAGUGUACACACGAGAAGUACAGUAUAAAGCUUCGCAUUAUAAGUACCACAAAGAGGAACUUCAGCAGUUCUUAAUGCACAAUACAGCAGUCUCCUUCUCAGAGUGAGGACUAGAGAGGUAAAACUUUAAACCAGCUUUUUUUUUUUUUCUUUUAAAAUUAAAACUUUUAAUUCAUGUGCAUGCUGUUGCAUAUUGCUAGGGCGAUGCUGGAUGAAUGUAUAUGCAGAGCUUUGCAGCUCAGGUAAUUUUAUGGAAAGAUUCUGAACCAUCGUUUCUGUAUUUAUUCAAACACUGUAUUUUUAGACAUGAACAUAUAUGUAUGUGUGCAUGCAUAUUUGGAAGUAUGAAUGAACUCUCUAUCAGUGGUACCAGCAAAAUCGCCUUCAGGAAACAAUGCUUUUAGAAAGUUAUGCUUUAACAUUAAAUCUGUCAUCACCAUGGCAUGCAGGUAUGCUACACUAUACCUGUGUGUAAUAGAUGUACCUGUUACAUAGGCAAGCAACGCGCGCCGCACAGCAAGAACUCAAGUGCUCUGUCUGUCUUUUAAACUGAAAGAUGCCUAUCCCUUACUUUUCAUCAGACACUUUUGGGAUAGAUACUGUAUUAGAACUAUAAAUAACUCCUUUAAUUAUGUCAUCUGUUAGUACAUUUUAUCAUGAAUGCGUAUUUUCAUCUGAUUUUUUUUUUUUUUUUCUAUGUCCAAUUAAACUUUUAGUUCUAUUUCAAGCUGACUUUCAGACUUCAUAUAAUUACAACAGACUUUGGGCUGUUCACAAGAUCCAAGAAAUUUAGAUGUAUUAUAGCGAGGUUUGUGUUACAAAGAUGUGUUUAUAAGAAUGGCUGCAGGGUUUAUAAUGCUGACAGACCUGUAAGUGUAACAGUAUAUAACAGUAUAGCAACUGAGGUCAGUAAAACGCAGAUGAGGGUGUACUGUGAAUGCCUUCUAACAGUGAAAGACUUAUAAAAUACCUUAAUUGAAAAGGACUUGCAAUAUAUAACAUUUGUAAAUUUUUCAAUUACUUCUGUAUGUUUCGCUUACUCUGACUAUAAUCCCUUGCCUGUCUCUCUGCCCGCGUGCCUGUAGCUAUCUCACAGAAACGACUGACCUUACAAUGCUUAUCUUUAUAAAUUAUUCUUUCCCACUAAAAUACAAUGCUUGAUGGUAAUAUACUGAAAGUGAAAUGUUUGCUUGGAAGGAGGUAAGCACACCUGAGAAGAAGACAGAGGUGUGUGUGUGAGAGAGAGAGGAUGAAAGAAGGUAAAUGCCAAAGAAGCAGAAGCUUUGAGAAAAUCAGUACAAGUUUAAGUCCAUGUGAAAGAACCUCAGAAGUUAAACUCCAUCACUGUAGUUUUCUCUGUUUCUGUUACAAAGUCCAAAUGUGAGGGAGUUUGCUAGCUUCGCCCUUGCUAAGUAAGGUGCAGCACAGAGAUGCUGCUGAAGUUAAAGGCAGUAUGAAGCCCUAAGAGAAACUUCCCAUUGCAAGGCAGAAGCCUCAUCGGAAUAAACUGCUAAGGUUCUGCUGACAUGGACUGGAACUCUGGCUCCUAGCAGUGCUUUAAGAUUGCUUUUCACUCAUUAUGUCUUAUUCUAAUAUUAUGAUUCUGUGGUUUAAAUGAAUGAAACAAAAAGUUCCUUCGAAUAACAAUGGGCCAAAUGUAGAAGAUCUUACUCAGUCUUCACUCAGACAGAAUUAUUGGCACUGAUGAGGGAUUUGCUUGAGUCAGGAGCAAGUACGAUUUGGCCAGAUGACAUGUAAUAUGUUCCGUCUUCAAAGCAUUUUUCAGACAUUACUUGAUUAAUCCCAAACCUAAAUAGGAACUUCUAGGCACAGACCAGCAUAGCAGCAGGGAUGUUUCUGGUUCCCAAGUAGUACCUUUGCAUGUCACAGACCUGUGCCCUACCAGCUCCUCCUGCUCAUGCUCUCAGUGCCUAGCUUGCAUUCUGCAGCUGGAGAGCGUAUCAAGUAUAAUAGAGCCCUCCAAACAACAGGAUUAUUUUGCUUCUGUCAGAUCUCCUGCCAGUGUUGAUAACCUCCAGCAUUUACAAGUGAGCAGAAAAGAUCUUUUCUCUUCCACUCAAGGCAGAACAGCGUUCUGCCCAAAAUACUUUCAGCCCCUGCCGUCAUCCCCAUCUUGUUCACAAGCUAUUUAAGAUCUCCUGCUAACCCUAACAGUACCGGACAGGACAAGAGCAAGGUGCUCAUUAAUAAAAGGUUUCACUCUUCAUUCAUUCAUGUUUCCUCUGUUUAGUUAAGCCAGUGAUACUGUUGUAGGAAUAAAACAAAUGAGGAAAAAAAAAAGAAAAAGAAAAAGAAAAAGAAAAAAACAGCAAAAAGGAGGGGGAUAUGACAGCCAGGAGGGAGCCAGAAGGGUCAAACUGGGAAAAAAAAGAAGAGUAAAUUUACAGGAAUUAAGAGAGAUUUUAGAGAGGAGGGCAGAAAGCCUGAGUAGUGAUAUUUGAAGAGAGGUGUGUGUUAGGGGAGCAAUGAGCAUAAGGAAGCCAGCCUGCCUGUUCCUCCCCCUUCCUAAUCAUAGCCUUUACUCACAGACAAAACUCCCUCCCUCUCCCAUUCACUCACUCACUUUAGGCCAAUCCGUCCUCUCCCUCUCUCUCCCUCUCUCUGUGUCUCUCUCCUACUCUGAGACAGAGUCAGAACUCUUCUCCCUGACAGCCACUAACAUCUACAGCACUUAUUGCAUUCAGAGAGGGAACCUGCAAACAAAACUUCACAGAAAACUUUUGGUUCUUGUUCCAGAGAAUUUGCUGAAGAGAAAGAAAAACAAACAAACAAACAAACAACACAAACCAGCCCCCAAAAAAACUGUGCGUGAAGGGGGAGGAAAAGCAGGGCCUUUUAAAAAGGGAAUCACAACAACUUUUGCUGCCAGGAUGCCUUUGCUUUGGAAGAGAGGAUUUUUGUUGGUGAUUUGCUGGAUUAUAGUGAGGAGUUCCCCAACCCCAGGAUCCGAGGGGCACAGUUCAGUCACUGACUGUCCAUCAUGUGCCCUCACCACGCUCUCGAAGGAUGUGCCCAGCUCACAGCCUGAGAUGGUGGAAGCAGUAAAGAAGCACAUACUGAACAUGUUGCACUUGAGGGACAGACCUAACAUCACCCAGCCUGUGCCCAAGGCAGCACUUUUAAAUGCCAUCAAGAAACUCCACGUGGGAAAGGUGGGAGACGAUGGCUAUGUGGAAAUAGAGGAUGAUGUUGGAAGAAGAGCAGAAAUGAAUGAAGUUGUGGAGCAAACCUCCGAAAUCAUCACUUUUGCAGAAUCAGGAACGCCCAAGAAAACGUUGCACUUUGAGAUUUCCAAGGAAGGCAGCGAAUUAUCAGUGGUUGAGCAUGCUGAAGUAUGGCUCUUCUUGAAGGUCUCCAAGGCCAACCGGAGCAGGACAAAAGUCACCAUCCGCCUGUUUCAACAGCAGCGGCAGCCGAAAGGCAACUCUGAAGGAGCAGAAGAUAUGGAGGAGGGGGGGCUAAAAGGGGAAAGGAGUGAAACUCUGAUUUCAGAAAAAGCAGUAGACACUCGAAAGAGCACUUGGCACAUCUUUCCCAUCUCCAGCAGUGUCCAGCGACUCCUGGACCAAGGCAAGAGCUCCUUGGAUGUGCGGAUUGCCUGUGACUUGUGCCAAGAGACCGGGGCCAGCCUGGUGUUACUAGGCAAGAAAAAGAAAAAGGAAGAUGACGGGGAAGGGAAAGAAAAGGAUGCUGGAGAACUCACAGGAGAAGAAGAGAAGGAGCAAUCGCAUAGGCCCUUCCUAAUGAUGCUUGCCCGGCACUCAGAGGACCGCCAGCACAGGCGGCGGAGGCGAGGCCUGGAGUGUGAUGGCAAGGUUAACAUCUGCUGCAAGAAGCAGUUCUUUGUCAGCUUCAAGGACAUAGGAUGGAGUGACUGGAUCAUUGCACCUACAGGUUAUCACGCUAAUUACUGUGAAGGAGAGUGCCCCAGCCAUAUAGCAGGCACAUCUGGUUCAUCAUUAUCUUUCCACUCCACUGUAAUCAACCAUUACCGCAUGCGGGGCCAUAGCCCCUUUGCCAACCUCAAGUCAUGUUGUGUGCCCACCAAACUGCGGCCCAUGUCCAUGCUGUACUACGACGACGGCCAGAACAUCAUCAAGAAAGAUAUACAGAACAUGAUCGUGGAGGAGUGUGGCUGUUCAUAGACAUGUGUGUGCACAAGACCCUUCUCUUGAGAAGAAAAUGUUUUAAAAGCCCAAGAAGAGAAAAGACCUGGCAUGAUUUAUAACCUUU